AUGCUUUCUAUGAACGGCGCUGUGGAUUACGAGUCCGAAAUUGGCGGAAAUAUCGUUUCUCAAUCCCUGUCUCUUAUGAAAAGACAGUUUGGCGGAGUUUUCUAUUCCUCCGUCUUCCUAUGGGUGCGUGUGCCUUUCUUUUCUAUUACUUCAUAUGGUCAGAGAGACCUUCUGACGUCGCAACUAGAGAUACGGAGGAUUGUCUACGAAUAUGUCCUGUGCUUCGAGGAAAUAGUAUUCACUGGUGGUAUCCGCACAGCAUGGAUCACACCCUAUCGUAGUGGGCUCUACCUGCAGCAUAACCCCACAAAUCACCCCCUGGCGAUCAUGUCAACCAACCACCAGGUCUACGAGGAAGCGCGGCAAGUAUUUUACGGUCUCAAUAGAUUCGCCUUUCCGUGCCCGGGGAGUCUGCCUCUCUUCUUAGUAGGGAUCGGCCCGGAAAAUGCCGUGCUUCUUCGUUCGGUACGCUGGAACAUCCGCGGAUACCAAGAGCAAUACGAGGAAGUGGCUGAAAAGAUCCGCGUUUGUCUGAAAGAGAACCCGGAUACAUUGAAAUCCGACUUCUUCAUAGACAAUCUAGUCGCAGAACCGCGUGGUGACUGGAACUCCACCCGGCAUAGAAUGCGACCCAGGAACACCGCUGAUGCUUUGGAUGGGCGCGAGCGAUGGAGUAUCUAUGCCAGAUGGCAUAGAUACAAUAUGCACGGGCAAGAGGUCUACGGCCAGGCGCUGGUGACGUUCGAGCUCUGUGUGGAACAGUAUGCAUAA